AUGAGCAAAACGGGUGGCAUUGACGCGGAAGCGUCUGAGCUCCGCCAGAGGCAUACCACGGACUCUUCUCCUCUACCCACUUCAGGAGAAAACCUGGAAUCUGAGCAUGGAUCCGAUCACGGAUCUGGUCAUGCCAAGAUCAAGCGGGGGUCCAAGACAUAUGGACGAACUCCAGAUGGCACAGUCUUCGUUGUGCCCACCACGCACGACAUGGUCUCGCAACUGUUGGACCCUCGACAGCCCAAGAACCUCUCCGACGCCAUUGUCCUCGCCAUAUUAGCUUCCAUGAUUGCAACCGCAUACUUGUUGCCAGCGGAAUGGAAGCGAUUCGUCUUUGCCCUGACCUUUUUAUUCUGGCGAGGUUGCUACAAUAUUGGCAUCGGCGUCCUGCUACACGUUCAAUCGCACCAUCGUCGUCUCAUCACCUGGGCCAAGCGCUGGAAGCUCUUUGAGGACCCGAAAACCGGACAAAAUCCCCGGCCCUGGCUUUACAACCUGAUCAAACGAGAACUCGAGGCCAAGAUACCAGAAGACUACAAGUUUGAAGACGCGCCACUCGAGUACAACACAUGGCUAGUCUUUCGACGAUUUGUCGACUUGAUCCUAAUGUGUGAUUUCGUGUCAUAUUGCCUCUUUGCUAUUGUGUGUGGCCGUACCCCUCAAGGGGAACACGCUCUUAUUGGAAUCGCUCGCUGGGCAACGGGCAUUGCCCUGGUCGGAUUUAAUCUGUGGGUCAAGUUGGAUGCUCACAGGGUUGUCAAGGACUUUGCUUGGUACUGGGGUGACUUUUUCUAUCUCAUCGACCAGGACCUGACGUUUGACGGCGUGUUCGAGAUGGCACCUCAUCCCAUGUACUCAAUCGGUUAUGCCGGAUACUACGGCAUUUCUAUGAUGGCCGCCAGCUACGAGGUCCUCUUCAUCUCCAUAGUCGCCCACGCGGCCCAGUUCGCCUUCCUCGUGACUGUGGAGAACCCUCACAUCGAAAAGACGUAUAACCCCCCUCUUCCGAGAAGGAGAGACCUAUCCCGACUUCAAAGUGAUCCUACGGAGAGUCUCGACGUGGUUGACAGCAGCUCCGACGACCGCCUGGCUACUGGUCCCACAUCCCCGCAAGAAUCACUGAUCCCCGUUCACAACAUGGUUGGAUUCCGAAACAUGGAUCUUUUCAGAGUCCCCGAUUCCGUCGUCGUUCUUUUGCCGUUGUACGUAGCCCUUCUUGCCCUGGCAACCCCAAAGUCGCCAGUGUGGCAAGCCUUCUUCGUAGCUCACGCGCUACUGUGGCGUGCAUGGUACCACUUGGGAUUGGGUAUUAUUCUCGACAGACAGUCCAAGACCAAGAUGUGGACUCGUCACUUCCUCAAGUAUGGCGAAAGCGCGGGCGAAGCGUGGCGGCAAUGGAAGGGCAUGCACCAUAUCAGCAUGAUCAUGUGCAAUGCUUCCUUUGUCGCUGCGUGCUACAAGAUGUAUUCCCUCCCGCAGGAUUGGAACUACGGCCUGGCGCUCCUCAAGCAUGUUCUCGGUGGCGGCUUGAUUGCUCUGCAAUUGUGGACUGCUCUGAGCGUGUACGAGUCCCUCGGCGAGUUUGGCUGGUUUUGUGGCGACUUCUUUUGGGAUCAAAAGGCCAAGCUCACAUACACCUCCAUCUACCGAUUCCUCAACAAUCCCGAGAGAAUUUUCGGAACGGCUGGGGUCUGGGGCGGAGCCCUCAUCACUUGGAGCAGGUCCAUUUUCAUCAUGGCCAUUGUCACGCAGCUGCUGACCCUGUUUUACAUUUCCUACAUUGAAAGACCGCACAUGCAAAAAGUGUACGGCAGAGGUCUUCGCGGGGACGCUGGCCUGACCAAGUUCAUCAAGCGCUCGCUCCCCGUCCCCAUCAAGGGCUGGCAAGAGAGCGUCGACAAGGUCAUGGACGAGACCACCCAGUUUGUGGAGGACUUUAUCGACAGUGCCCGUCCCAAGUUCGCAUCCGGGGUCAAAAGUAUUGUGCGGGAUACCUCGGCACUCUUCAACAUUGCUCCAGCCCGUCUUACGCUCACAAAGAUAUCCCCCGACCUCACGGGCUUUGACUCGAAACUGUACUCGCUUCUCAUUGACGGCACUCAGCUGCAGCAGUCCUCCAUCAACGAUCGUGCCACAGGGAAAGAGAGCCUCAGCGGCCGGUUUCCUAAGCCGGUCAAGACCAUGGUUUAUGAGUAUGGAGCACCGCUUAAAGUGAACUGGAGAGCGCCGGCGAACCACAGCAAAAGCGACUGGAUCGGAUUGUACAUGGUGACGGAUAACCGCUCAAGGGACACGACCGAGGUCCCCUCGCUUGGACGCUGGGCCCCUACCAACGAAGGUUGCUAUGAUGCAUUGACGGCGGAUAGCAGCAUCAUUAGCUCGGAGCAUCCAUCGCCCAAGGGCGACCCUUCCGAGCCGGGCAUGGUUGAGGGUCAAGUCUUGUUCCAGGGGGAUAAACUGUGGUGGACCCAAGGUGUGUUCGAGUUCCGGUACCACCACAACGGCAAGCACAACGUCAUGGCCAUCUCAGAGCCGUUUGAGAUUCGCAUUUCGCAGUAUUCCGGGGACUAUGUAAGCUUGGAAUCCAAAGCUUCGUACGCGCAAGCCGUCGAGUCCGCGAUUCUCCCCGUCGUGCAAAACUGUCUCGAUAGAGAUCCCGACAUUGCUCCAAGCAGCGUUGAUGAACCCUUUGGCAGCCAUGUGGAGCGGGAUGGCAAGUAUGCGAAGCGAAUUGUGUACGCCAUUCGCGAAAUAUUUGGUAUUGAAUUUGCCCCCGCCGUGGUCUUGGCUGAUGGGAAUGUUCGGAAACUGGCUUGGAGAAUUUGCAAUGCGAAGGAAGUUCUGGCUCCGUAUAGUAUGUCUCAUUCCAAAGGAACAAGCACGCCUGCAGCACAAGAAUUCGACAAGCAUGCUGCGUAA